AUGGAGGUGAAGUACAUCCGCGAGGUUUCCCCGCUCUUCAAGAAGCCGUCCCUGGUGGCCGACCUGCCGUGGGAUGGCGUCCGCCCACAGUCGCCCAGCUACAGCGGCAGCGAGGACUCCGGGUCCCCCAAACACAGCAGCUCUCCCUCCUUAAAAGACAGAAAGGUCAUAAGCCUGAAGAUGUGCUUCAUCAGCAGGAACCUCACUAUGCCAGAUCUGGAGAACAGGCUGUUGGAGCUCCAUUCCCCAGAUGGCCAGCACACUGUGGUGCUGCGCUGCAAAGAUGGCCCUUCUGCCAACUCCUGGUUCACUGCCAUCCACACCAACAUUGCUGCCCUGCUGCCACAGACCCUGGCUCACAUCAGUGCUUACCUGGGGGCCUCAUCCUCUGCCUCCACACACCCCCAUCUCAAACACAUUGGCUGGUUGGCUGAACAGGUCCAGCUGGAGGGUGGACGGCAGCAGUACAAGCCAGUGGUCAUGGCACUGACAGAGAAGGACAUCCUGCUGUUUGAAUCAGUGCCGUGGAGCAGAGAGUCCUGGGCCAUGCCUCUGCUCACACACCCACUGCUAGCCACAAGACUGGUUCAUUCUGGCAACGCCCGGGGUUCUCCAGCUCAGGGUUCGGACCUGGUGUUCGCCACACGGACGGGCACAGGGCGGGGCAUCGAGUCCCACGUCUUCCGAGUGGAGACCCAUUGGGAUCUGUCUUCGUGGACGCGAGCCCUUGUGCAGGGGGCACACGCUGCCGCCGAGCUCAUCAAAGAAGUCUCCAUUGGUUGCACGUUGAACAGACAGGAUGUUCGUCUGACCCUGCACUAUGAGAAGGGCUUCACUGUGACGAGGGAGCCAGUAGAUCCAGCCGGGGGCGCUGUGCUCUACAGAUACCCCUAUGAGAAACUCAAAAUGUCUGCCGAUGAUGGAAUACGCAACCUUUAUCUUGACUUUGGGGGACCAGAAGGAGAAAUGGUAUUUGACCUCCACUCAGGUCCAAAGCCGGUGGUGUUUGUCCUCCACUCUUUCCUGUCAGCCAAGCUCACUCGUAUGGGCCUGCUGACGUGAAACAACCAACAACAGCAGCGUGGACGAGAGGGCGGGCCCAGUUUCUCCAUUCACAACCGAAGUUAGGCCUGGGGCGGCGCUGCAAGGAAGAUUUAACCCAUGAGUCGUAUUGUUGAUUGUCUCAGAAAUGUGCCUUGUCUUCCAACUUCUCCUCGGCCUCUUGCAAUCAUUUCUAUUGCAAAGUCAGGUAAAAAAACGUGGCACUUUGCUUGAAGUCAUGAAGUGUUAGGAGGCAGUUACAAAACGCAAAAAAUAGCUAUUAACAAUCUCAUAACAUUCCAUGUGAUAAUGUAUUUAAUUCCAUUAUGAUGAAAGAACAAACUAAAAACGCAAGCUAAGAUGCUGUGAUGUGCUUGUGAGAUUCCAUUACCAGUGCACUUCAAGCAAAGGGUUACUGAAAGGAAGGAUUUUUUUAGACAAUUGGUAAAUGUUCUCUCUUUUAACUCUAUGCCUAUCAUUCCAUGACAGCCUUCCAGUGUAUCUUUUUAACGUAUUUGUUUGUCUUUGUUUCGAUGUGAGUGAGAGAAGCUGUUUUAGAGUCAGAAUGCAGUUAAUAGAGCAGAGAUUGCGUGAAUGAAGAAAGCUCUCUGUGUUGGUGUGUGUGUGUGUGUGUGUGUGUGUGUGUGUGUGUGUCUAUACUGCACGCUUUUGUUGGCUUGAUAGUGUGCCUGCUGUCUCACCUUUUAGCACGUUAUCCCAAACUACUGUUGUAAUCAGGAUUGCCAACUGUGCCUUUUUACUUGUAGUCAAAGACACUCUUUGUAAUGUUUCCUUUUUUAUUUCACACAAUAAGAGAAUUUUAAGCUUUCCACAUGCGCAAGCAAUAGUAUUACUCUUAUAGUGUAAAUCAUGUUACUUUGUUUUUAUGUUGUUUGUUUUUAACGUCAGUGUAUAUGAUAGCAUGACUUCCUGACAUUGAACUCUGCAUCAGAUGAUGAUAUAUGACAUGGCCGUGUGUCACCUCCCCUUCUUGACCUACACUACCACAUUGUCUCCAUCUCAAAAUCAUCGCAUUCCACUUUGCUUGAGAUUACUCAUCUCUUGUUACCAUUCCUACAGCAUCACUUCUCUGGCUAAAGACUAGGUAACAAUGUAUUUUAAUAAUCUGAACUGUGGCGGUCAAAGGCAUCUCACCUCCUGUGAACCCCUGCAGUAGAGAAGUUACUGAACACAUCCGAUUUUUAGCUUAUUACAGUCUUUUUCUCACAUUUUAGUGUCAGAAAGAUUAUGAAAGUUUGAGAAAAUAAUAUUUACUCAAGGUCCACUUACUAGCUUUCUUUUGAAGCUUUCAGACGCAUCUCAUGCUCAGUUGUCAUAGAGGUAACUCAGCUGUGAUCACGUUAAGCAUGGAACUUAACUCACAUGAUAAUAGGUGUUUGUAUUUUGGGAGAGUUGGUCACCCCUUCUCUGUUUGAAGUUGGUUUCUGCUGGUCUCCUUUCUCCGGCCGUCCACUGACUCCCGGUCGAUGACCUAUAACCCAUUUCCAGUUGAUGCUGUGAAUGAGUUUGGUCAAGGCCCGGGGAAAAAAGAAAAUUUUAUUUUACUCCGUUUUCCUGUGAUAACGGGAUAAUUAUCUUGUGAUCUCGAGAUAACGACUGUUGUUUUCUCGUGAUAAAAAGAUAAUUUUCUCGUGAUAAAGAGAUAACAAAACAGUAGUUUAACACGGGGGUUGGCAGGAACGUUUCUUAAUGGUAAUUUCAAGGUGGUUUUAGUGUCACUGAUUAGCUUUUUCAUAUUCCUCUUCAUCAAAGUUGUUAUAAAGAUGACUGAUUCACAAGCUCACAAUUAAUCACGUGCUGGAUUGUGCGCAUCGAAAAUUGUUGUAAAGAAACGCACCUGCCGACCCCUAAUAUGAGCUACGGUUCGUUAUCUCGAGAUCACAAGAAAAUUAUCCCGUUAUCACGAGCAAACAACAUUCGUUAUCUCAAGAUCAUGAAAUAAUUAUCUCGUUAUCACGGGAAAACGGAGUAAAGUAAAAAUAUGAAUCGAUGGCGGCUUAGGGCUUCCAUACUAAUGAGCCGACUGGGGAUUGAAAAUGUUAUCUGCUGAGUAAGACUCAUUUAUUGAGAGAUUUUCUCCUACUUACGGUGAAGUGUAGGAGUAACCUUUAAGUUCAGCUCUCAUGUGAUCACAUGUUUGAUCACAUAUAUGUACAGAGCAGACAUAGCCAAUCAGAGACAAGAAUUCAUCUUACAUCUGGCGUACUGUUCCGUUUUUUUACAAACAUUCCUAACUCUGUGAUACAGUAUGUUGUUCUGUUAGAACUUAAUUUUAAUCUUAAAAGCCCAUUUUAUUUGUGUCAACACAUUCAUAUCUCCAGUAGCAAAUAACAUGUGAAAUAUACAACAACACAAUAUUUAUUAGAAUAUUAGAAUAGAAUAUAUUAAAAGGGAUGAGAUAAGAGGGAAUUGGCUGUAAUCGAACAAAAGAAAAAUAAACUUCAGUAAAGAAAUGUUGUUGCAUGGUACAUGAGGUACAUCAGAAAAAAACAAAAAUAAAUAUUCAAAUCAAAUGCUAAUAGCAGGAUAAAGAACUAUUCUGAAUGCGACAUGUGAACAUAUUAUUCAUCACGAAACAUGUCUAAAGGUGUUGCUCGGUUUCUGUGCUGCAACCGUCGAAUCCACUCUUAACCAACUUUAGAGACAUCUGCAGUCUGUUUCCGGUAUUCAUUCAGUCCUCACUGUUCUAACAAUGUAGUGUGAGUGAGGUCACAUGAUGACAACUGAGAUGCAGUUGCAAGCUCUGUGCAAAAGCUAGUGAAAAGUCCGAGAGUUAAGGUUAUUUGUCAAACAAGCUCAAGAAUGAACUUUCAAGUGCUUAAGAAACCUUUUUGGAACUAAAAUCCCAUUGCAGACCUUAUGGUUUCUGUCAAUCAGUAACAUCCAAACAACCAAUUGUUUAUUUAUUUAUUUCACACAGGCCAGUACCCCUAAAUUUGGUAAAUUUUUGGCACUAAAAUCGAUGGUGAGUUGAAGUUCGCUAAACCAAUUACAGUCUUCCCUUCAGUUUGUCUGCUCAGUCCAGUGCCUGUAUUGAGACUUGACUCUUUAAUGAGUUCAACGUGACUGUAAUUGACACAUUUUCAUAACCUUUAUUUGGUCCAUGGUACAUGUUGCUAAAGUGACCCUUCAGUAGAAGUCUCUGUGUUCUUUUGGGUCUCAAACAAUGCAGCAUUGUGUCCACUGACCAUGCAACAUAGGAACACAAGGUAACCCUUCUGUCCUCAGACAGGGAGCGCAGUCAGAAUGGCCUCUUUUCUGUUUUAAAUUCUGUCGUCUUUGUGAUGAUUUGGCUUUUUUAUAAACGUGAAAAUGUGUAACCAUAUAUUCCUCUGGCUGUAUAGCUCUUUUUCAUGUAUAGUUAAUGAGUGGCUGUGUUAAAGGAGAAGCAGACUUUGCUUCCCUUAAAACAUUGUGUAUGUGGGAGGUUUGGGUUAUAUUUGGCCUGACAUAAAGGCUGGCUUCUGCAACAUUUAAAGCAAUAGUAAAGUGUUGCACGCCAUCAUCCUACUGUUUCACCACACUUUUCAUUUUGUGUUCUCUAACCCACUGAACAGAUCUGAUUGUCUGAAGUUAGUAAACCUUCAACAAGCUACAGGCCGUCCCUCUUUGAGCUUGAUGCACUAACCUAUCAAACCCCUGUAAACCUGUGAAUGUACACCUCCUCUCUUCUUCCAGAUUAUUGUUUUUCAAAUCCUUUCUCUUUAUGUUCUGAAAUUGUGGCUAUCCUGUCUAUGCAAAGCAAUGCUUCAAAGAAGGGGUUUUUGAACCAAAGGUAAUAUCUGUGGCAGCUUGCGUCCAACACAAUCACUGAACUGUCACAAGAGUAUAAAGUGCUGCUGCAACAACCUGUCAUAUGCAAAGUAUUUUAGACUUCCAAGAUAUGGUAAACAAUGUAUAAUAGCAAUGUAGUAAUCUCAAUGUAAAUACCUACCAAUAAAACUGUUACAAAUUA